AUGGAAGAACUAACUCGACUUUGGGUUGUAAGUUUACAUUCUCUUGUUAUUUUUUAUUGUAUUGAGAUUAUUGUUUAUGUUUUAUCUAUAUUAUGUCACAGUGUUCUCUUCUGUGGUUUGUUUAUAAGAUUUGCUUUAGAUAAGCCUUUGCUUUAAGUCAAGGUCUUAUUAUAAUAGUAAAAACUUUGACAAAAAGCUUUGAUAUUAUGCAGCAAAAACAAAAUUUUAGAUACUAAAUGUUAUGUCGUUUUAGGAAACCUACAACCAUUCACAGUUAAGCCGUUUGACGUUGUUGUUGCUGGCCUUCUGCACUUUGGUGGGAGUUGUGAUAGCUCUGUUCGUGUUUCUUUUGAUUUUGAUCGGGAUAUCCAAGGGUAUCAGGAGGAAAUUUUCCAAGCAUUACCGAGAACAGAAUAUGAGAAACGAAGUAGCCGAGGAAUUCACGAGUUUCUUGUCCCAUCCUCCCAAGGAGAACACGUUGUACAGAGAGGACAGUUGGUUGAAGGUAUUCUUUUACGAUAAUAUAGCUAAUAUUGAAAUGGAGUUGUUUAGUUGGGUAGAAUAUUGUUUGGUUUUGCUCCCAAUGUUGUUUUAGAUUGUCAAAGACGUUAUUCAUUUAUUAACUACAAUGUUGUUUUAGUUUGUUCGAAAUUGGUUCAGCUACGAGGACGAAAGGUCUCCAGAAGUCCCAAAAAGGCGGGUUCGAAAGAUCAUGACACCAAGGACGUUGCUGGGGAGGAGUGCAGGGCUGAGUGCGAAAAAGAAUGCUCUAGAUAAUGAAGGAUUCGAUGACAUCGAAUCUGGGAAUUUGGCAAUGUCUGCGUAAGUUAUUAGUAGUGUAAAAUGAGGUAAAAACUAUUGUUAGUUUGAUUCGAGUUUUUUAAUCUAUUGUAAAGUAUUUUUAAAGAUAAUAUUAAAACUUGGUAUCUUCAUAAUGUUCAAUUUAAACGCUAUUUUAAAUAUUUAGUCCUAAUAUUAUUGUAGGCCCGAGCUAAACUCCACGCUGAACUACUCGUCGUUGGGCUUCGAGCGGAUCAACCUAACAGCGAUCGACGAAGAAUAA